ACCCAUUUUAUACCGCCUCCAAUUUUAACAAGGCUUUAAAGUGCGUGCAACAAGUUCAUAAACGCAAACAAGAUAAAAGGCUGAAGUUGUCAAGGUGUAGGUCAUACAUACUUGGAAAUGGAUAAUCUAGCAUGGUGUUUCGUAUUUUUGGCGUAUGUACAUGCCUCAGCUCAACUUCCAGGAAAUUGCGGUCCACCACAGUCUUAUCCGUACACCAAACUUGAUGAGAAGAGAAUAAACAACAACAAUCCCACUAAAGCUUACUACAAAUGCGAUGAGGAUUAUGUCUCAUCCGAUGGCAGUCGCUUUGUCGAGUGUGUACAUGGAACAUGGACAAAAUUAGCACUGAAGUGUAAAAAGAAGUCAUGUGGUCCUCCUCAUCCUCUCCUCAAUGGCCACUUUGUAUAUCAAGGGACUUUAAUAGGAGACCAGGCUCAAGCAGUUUGCAAUGAUGGAUACAAACUGAAAGGGUUCAAUGCAAACAUCAUAUGCAAGAGCACUGGCUGGAGUGGGGAUCAGCCAACUUGUGAAGAGGGAGGGGCUGCCUUGGUGCCAUCUGUCAUGACUACGUGCCAGGAACCCUCCAUAGAUAAAGGUGUGGUGACUGGAGGCAGUGUGUCAGUGUACAGCAUUGGAGCAUCUGUGACCUUCACCUGCUACCCAGGAUUCUCCAUGUCUGGAUCUCAGCAGAUCUCCUGUGGUCCACAAGGCAAAUGGCUGCCUCAGCUCCCUACGUGUCUGAGGUCCAAAGCUUCAUGCAAACCUCGUAACCAGAAGAUAAAUGAAAACACAGUGGUUGUGGGACAGAAGCAGGAGUAUAAAGCUGGAGAUUCUCUGUCCUUCUUUUGUACACAUUUUUUCACUUUGAUUGGAUCACCCACUGUUACAUGUGACUCUAAUGGAACUUGGACCUCUCCCUUUCCGAAGUGCAAAAGAAUGCAGUGCCCAGAAUUGAACAUAACUCACGGAAAACUUUCCAGCAAGCGCAAAAGGGCUGGUGAAGAAAUUACUAUCACCUGUGAUGAAGGAUACCAGUUAAGAGGGGCAGCAAAAGUAGUCUGUUUGAAGGAGGGAAAGUGGAGUGAGGUUCCAACAUGUCAAUCAGAAAACCAACCACAACUUGGCUGUAAACAGCCAGCUUACAUUUCCAGUGCCACCGUAAGUGUCCACUACAGAGAACAGAGUUUCUUUCCUGAGGGAGCCAAGGUUCGUUAUAUGUGUCAUGUCGGGUAUGAAUGGAAAGAAGGCAAUCCGUACCGCACCUGUAAAGGAGGAACUUGGACAGCACUGCAAAUGAUAUGUGAACCUAAAUCCUGUGGUAAUGCUGGAGAGAUUUUGUAUGGCAGCUAUGAUUACACUGGAACACAGUUUGGAGAUACCGUCAAAGCAGUUUGUGAUCAUGGAUAUCAACUUGUUGGACGGUCUACCAGGAGAUGUUUGACUGGAUUCUGGGACGGUCACCCACCUGUCUGUGAAGCUGUGCAGUGUGAAGAUCUCCGUGAGGAUCCCAACAUGGCAAUGACUGACUCCCAAGGACCACCUUAUGUGUAUCAAACUAUGAUUCGCUUCCGGUGUCGCAGAGGUUCACUGGUUGGACAGGAAAGGAUCUACUGUACCGAGGAUGGGACAUGGAGUCACCAGCAGCCAAAAUGCAACUAAGGUUACACAUGGAGUUCUAGAUAAAUAAUAAUAAAAAUACUAAUUACAUCAGUAAUUCUUUAGUGGAAUGUUAAUAGUGUAAAUAAUGUGACUGGUACACUAUACUCUAUUUUUGUAUUUUUCAUUUUAAGAAACUAUUGCAUAUAAAAUGAAAUAAUUAUUUAACCUCAGUUGUCUAUGUUCUCAUUUAGCAGCUCGAAAAGGAAGAAGUGAACAUGUCUGUCUGGCACGUCUGCUUAAAGCAGCUGACAUCAACUGAAAUCAUUAUAUUUAACAGUUACAAUAAUGUAUAACUUCAGGUUCAGUUUUUUACCCAAUAAUAAGCAAAACAUAUUCCUUCAUUAUGACUUAAUAAACAAUCCAAAUGAA